CCUGACGACCCGCGCACUUGAGGGCGAGACACGGAGGUGAACAAGUCACACGUCUUUGAUUUCUGAGCGAAUUUUGGUGAAGUCCGAAUUGAAUCCGCCCAACUUCAGCAGGAUGUCAACCAAACAAUUGCAAGGCAAAUGGGGAGGCUUCAGUGAUAAGGUGUUUUUUGACAACGACACCGCUACUGAUCGGGCCAGGGCUUGUUGUGUUCUGUUCCGAGAUGAGGUGGCGUUUGCUGUCAACGACGGAAAACCGUUUGCUGGAUUUGUACCCAUCUACUAUCAGACCCAAGUUGUCGCGGGGAUCAACUACAAGAUUCUGGUUAUGGUUAGUGACCAAGUUGGUGCACGUGGCCAUGUGAUGAUGGAGGUGUUCUGGCCCCCGGGACCAAAGGCCAUGCCUGAGCUGACAUGCGCCAAACGUGAAUAGAGAGGUCGACUUCCCGGCCACCAGUUCGUUUCACAAAUUUACUGUGUUUAAUAGUCAGAUUACUACUGUAACGGCAACUUUAUACAUGCAAGAUGCAUAAAGGAAAGGUUUUCAAGUAUUUUCCAUCAAAAUGAGUCAACAGAAUGCAUGACUUAAACUCAGUGAAUUGUGAACGUAAUCAAACUGCUUUGAUCUUUAGCAACUUUCAUUGACAGGCCUAGGUAUGCCAGCACUUAGCAAAAUCUAUUAUUUUCGCUGUCGUUCAAACUAUAAAGAAAGCCGUGAGUUACUACUAACUACACAAACAACAUAGUCGCCUUUUCUGUGUUCAGAUGUCACCAGAUGCUUAGUUUAUGCCAUAUCAAACUUUAGUUGCACAUGUGUUAACUUGGCAUGGUAUAAAGGACUUUCUAGAUUGACUUUGCCCGGCUGUGGUGAAAUCUUCAAUAAAAUGGAAAA